GCUAUAUGGGCUUUCUGAAUACAACAGUUGAAUAUAAUUGUUGGGAACACUUGUAUAUCCUAGAGCCAGUUAACUAGCUAGUUUUACUUUACAAUAAGUGCCAGAAUAUAAAUAUUUACAUUUAUGAAAUGCGUGAGAUGGAGAAUGUAUUCGAAAUCAGGAAAGUCCUAACAGCAAUUAUUCCGCUAAUUUUGAGCGUCCAACGCGUACAAAUGAAUAAAGUGGACGAGGUCUGCUACAUAAAGGAUGUAGUAACCACCCCUACUAAUGUAUCCCAUCUUGUACCAAUUAAAACAAUAGAACAGGAAUGGUGCUGGUCCUGGUCACUCAGAUGUGAAAUAGAAAAAACCACUUGGAAAACUGAGAUAACAGUGGAAAAUAUCACCAGAGUAGUAAACCAGCCCACCUGCUGUCCUGGAUAUAUAGGACAGGUUGGUAAUUGUACACCAGUAUGCAGUACACCGUGUGUACAUGGAGCUUGUGUAUCUUCUGAGACCUGUGACUGCGAAGCCGGGUAUAGUGGUGGUUCUUGUCAGGAAAUCGGUUGUCCUCCAAAUAAAUGGGGGAAAGGAUGCCAAAUGAAUUGCAAAUGUACUGCACCGGGAUCUAGUUGUGAUCCUCUAUCUGGUUUGUGUAUCUGUCCCCCUGGAUUCCAAGGACCGAACUGUCUGGAUAAAUGUUCUCCUGGAUCCUAUGGUUUAGGAUGUACUGGCAAAAACAACUGUAGCACUGGGUAUUCUACUCAUUAUAUUACAGGGGAGUGUCUACCCUGCCCGUCAGGAAGUUAUGGUUCCAACUGCUCCAGUUCCUGUUCCUGUUCCCAGAAUGGAACAGCUCUAUGUUCGCACAUAGAAGGAACGUGCUACUGUUCAGCAAACUAUUUCGGACCCCUCUGUGAAACAUAUUGUCCGUUUGGAUACCAGGACGGUACCUGUCUCAGUAUGAAUGGUACAGAGUGUGAAUGUCCCAAUGAUCUGUAUAUCUGUGAUCUGUUGUUGGGUUGUAUAUGUCGCCAGGAUAUAGACUGCGGUAUAGAGGAACCAGAUCAACAGGUAGAGAUUGGUUUGCUUACCGAAGGAACAGGACACUCGAGAAUUAUCAUUGCAGUGUGCGGAGUGCUCGGGUUCGGUUUGUUUGUUCUGAUUCUAAUGGUUAUCUACUACAAGCGGCGAAUACAAAGAUUAAGAUCUGAUUUAGAAAACAGACAAGGAAUAACAAAUAUGUUUCCUGAUGCUGAUGUCUUCAACCCUGAACCUCUACCGGAAAUCCCCCAACUAAGUAUGCCUGAGAUGCCCCUGAACAACUUGGAUUCUUCCACCAGUUCAAACAAGGGAAUAGAUAAUCCAUUGUAUAUUGUGAAUAACAGAAACCCGGAGAAGAAUAUAAAUAGAUCACAAUCUAGAAAUUCUGAUUCGUCUUCUCCCUUCCCUGAAAAACCGCAAAAUCAGGACGAAGAAAGUGUUUACCAGGAGCCUGGGGAUAUUCUAAACAGAUGGAGUUUAAUCAACGAUUUUAAGGAUAAAUACGGUAAAAACUUUGAAGAGUUUGAAGAUGAUUCUACCUAUUCACAUCUUGAUCAUUCCAGAUCAAAUAAUCAUAUUUCUCCAAGAUAUGACCCAGCGAGAAAAUAACUGUUAUAAAGAUUAAAUUAGUGAAAAAUUAAUACACUUUACGAAACAAUAUUUUAUGAAUAAAUUGAAAUUAAAUUUA